AUGUCUCAACCGACAGACGAAGUUGUCCAAGUCGCAGACGCGACAGAAACAACAAACCACAACGCACGCGCGCCCUCGCCAGAAGACAUGGACGAUGAAGAAUUCUGUGGCACCUCUAUCCACGCUUCACUGUCAACUCUCCUAUUUAGCGAUAAGUUCGCGGAUAUGACUAUCAAAUGUAAGGAACGCGAAUUUAGCGCUCAUCGAGCUAUUGUCUGCUCGCAGUCCAGCUUUUUCGACAAGGCCAUGAGUAGCAACUUCAAGGAGGCUAUGGCGCAAACUAUUGAACUGCAUGAAGAUGAUCCAGAUAUCGUGGAACGGUUUCUCGAGUUCCUCUACACAGGAAAUUAUACUGAUUCGGUCAUCCCGACCUUGGACAUACCAUCUGCUGAGGCCAUGAUGGAUCCUACAACUGUUCGACAGAACUUGCGGGAACCAGCAUAUGAUUAUGAAGUCCCUGCGUCUGACAAUGCACUGUUUGAUGAACCCGAUGAAGAGUGGCAGCCUUCGGCCGAGGAAGCAGAUGAACCAGAGGAGGAGUACAGAGAGGACCCAAUCGACGAGGAAAGCUCUGCAGACGGCGAUGGACACGGUGACCAAGAGGGCGAUGCCAAGGUGAUGACAAUGAAGGACAUUGCCCUCUUACCUAGGGAAGAAGGGUUAAAGCUACUCGCACGUCUACGCAACGACAUGACAUUGCCUCUCCGGCUUUAUGCCAUGGCAGACGUGUACGACGUGCCGGCGCUCCAACUCCUUACUCGCGACCGCUUCUACCGAGCUGCCGAGCUUUAUUGGGAAGAGGCCGAGUGCUUCCCGGAUAUUGUGGACGAACUGUACGAGACAACGCCGCCUGGCGACACAGCGAUGCGUGAGAUUGUUUGCCGCCUCGUGGGUGCAAGGAUCCUGGACCACAAGGUUAGGGAAAAGAUGAGGCCUGUGAUGACGAAGCAUGGGGAAUUCGCCGUCAGUGUGAUGGAGUAUGCGAUUCGCUCGAGAGCCUUUGCUACAAAACAUUAG